AUGCCUGAUUCGUCUCUCCCCACGACCCUCCAUCCUCUCCCCAACGAAAUUCGGCUCGUCAUAUUCCAGCACCUCCGAGACACCGUCGACAAGCCUCUCCUCGCCAAGCUCGCCCGCCUCUCUCAAAGCCAUCAUGCCGACAUCAUCCCUGUCCUAUAUCAACAUGUCAGCCUGACCUCAAGAGUAUCUGAACGCUUCUUCUAUGGGCUGGAAGGAGACGUCGAGAUAUCUGGCGCAGAAAAGGCACGCUGGUGGAAAAUGCCUCUGGUACAGAGGAAAUCGCCUGCGGCCAGGCGAAUCUACCUCAUCGGCCUCGUCAGAAACGUCGCUAUACGAGAUGUCACUGCUCUUUUUGCAUGCUCGAGGGCGAUCAAGACGUUGAUUGGGUACUCACUUCCUCUGCCUUCCCGGGCGUGGCUUGAAAAGCACUGUCCAAAUUCUCUUGACCUCCCUAGGCGCGGUCAUCACGCCUGGCUAUUUCACGGACUGCAGUCGUACAAUGGCUCGCACGAUGUCGCAUCGACCGAUGGCCUUCAUCUGCCCAGCUCUUUGUUCGCUUCUUGUGGUCCCACCUUUCCAACCUUAUAUCACACAGAUGAAUCUGGUGGUUUACUAGCUCGACCUGGUUCAAUCAUCAGUGUCAGCGGCUCACCACGCAUCUCCUAUCGGUACCCUCCCGCAAACUUGGUCGUCCGCAUACUGUCACAGGCGAAUCGCUCCCUACUCGUCUUGCACGACGUAGAUCUGGAAGAAUUUUGCAAUUUCGAGCGAGGCCGUCUGGGGACAGUGUAUGUCAGGAUGAAAGAAGUGCAAGAUGGCGAGAAAGGUCACGAGGAGCAGCUGGAACACUUGAUUUGGUAA